GUGGGCGGAGCCCUCCGGUCGGAGAGUUUAAAAGGCACCUUGCCCAAUCGGUCAGCCGGAGCUCAGUGUUGUCAGGUCGGGUAGUGAGUCUUCUGUGCCAUCCAGCUGCCUGAGCCGCCGGAGUCCGGCCGUGCGGUGCUGGCACCAUGAAGCAGGAGCCCCGGAGCACGCCGCCCCCCUCGCCGCCCGCGCCGCACCUCCCGGACGCCGGCCACCGCCAGGCGCUGUGGAUCUUUGGCUACGGCUCGCUGGUUUGGAGGCCUGACUUCGCCUUCAGCGACAGCCGCGUGGGCUUCGUGCGCGGGUACAGCCGCCGCUUCUGGCAGGGGGACACCUUCCAUCGGGGCAGCGACGAGCAGCCUGGCCGUGUGGUGACCCUUCUGGAAGAUCGUGAGGGCUGCACCUGGGGCGUGGCCUACCAAGUUCGAGGAGCACAGGUGAGUGAGGCUCUGAAGUACCUGGAUGUGCGGGAGGCUGUGCUUGGUGGCUACGACACGAAGGAAGUGACCUUUCACCCUCAAGAUGCCCCUGACCAACCUCUCAAAGCUCUGGCCUAUGUGGCCACCCCUCAGAAUCCUGGCUACCUGGGCCCUGCACCCGAGGAGGCCAUUGCCACACAGAUCCUGGCUUGCCGUGGAUUCUCAGGCCACAACCUGGAGUACCUACUGCGCCUGGCUGACUUCAUGCAGCUCUGUGGGCCCCAGGCCCAGGACGAGCACCUGGCGGCUAUUGUGGAUGCCGUGGGUACCAGACUACCCUGCUUCUGCCCUACCAAGCAGGCUGUGACACUGAUCUGACAGACCAAGGCUCUGGAGGGGCACCUCAUGAAGACAUCAGGGCCACCACAUUCCUCCUCCAGAGCACAAUGACUCUACUGCUAGAAUCUCCUGAGCACUUGGGAGUCAAGGGUUGGUGCCAGCUAGGGCAUUUGUCCCUGAGCUCUGGGCUGUUAGCCUCACCUUUGGCUCUUCCAUUUGAUGCUGACUUAGUACUUGAAAUUAUUUAUUGCACCAUGUUGGUGUAAUGGGGGGGGGUCCUGCUCCAGGUACCUGGUGUGUGACCAGACCAAUCCCUCCAAUGCUGCUGCUAACCCCACAUCCCCAACCCCACCUUCCCAGGGGUUCUCCAAAGAGCCUUGAUUCUAUUCCUAUAUUGUCAGUCUAUUUAUAGCAAGUUAAUCACUACAGUCCCUGAUGCCUUCCUUCUGUCUUUACGGUUAUCCAUAAAACUGUUGAGCUGGAA